UAGUUACGAGCAAAUAAGCUCAGGCCUUGACCCACCAUUUCUCCCCUUUGGUCGUCACAACAACACGGUGAACAAACCCCGCUGCGUAGUUGACCGCCAUUCACAAUAACUUGACCCCUAAUUUUGCACGACACUACACAUAAUGGCUGAGAAAGAAGGAUCUGCUGUGCCUCCGCAGGCAAAGGGCUCAUGGGGUAGCUUCCUCAAGUCGAUCGCGUCCUUCAAUGGCGAUCUUUCUUCCAUGACCGCGCCCGCUUUCAUCCUCUCCACGACGUCUCUCACCGAGUUCUCUUCGUACUGGACUGAACACCCCUCCAUAUUUGUCGCGCCUGCCGCCGAGAAGGACCCGGCAAAACGGGCCGCACUUGUACUUAAGUGGUUUCUGAGCACAUUGAAACAGCAAUAUGCCAGUCGAAGUGAGAAACUGGGCAGCGAGAAGAAACCGCUGAAUCCUUUCUUGGGCGAGCUGUUCUUGGGCAAGUGGGAAGACCAGGCAGGCACCACACAGCUUGUCAGCGAGCAAGUCAGCCACCAUCCUCCGGUUACAGCAUACUCCAUCUGGAACAGCCAACAUGGUGUUCGCCUGACCGGCUACAACGCGCAAAAAGCGUCUUUCUCGAGCACCAUUAAUGUCAAGCAAAUCGGCCACGCGACCCUCCAUAUCGAUGCCUAUGAUGAGGACUACCUCAUCACCCUCCCCUCUUUACAUAUCGAAGGCCUCAUCUCAGGCUCUCCAUACGUCGAGUUGAACAGCUCCUCUUACAUCACAUCCUCCUCCGGCUACACAGCCAAGAUCGACUACACCGGCAGAGGAUGGGUCUCAGGCAAGAAGAACCGCUUCUCGGCGUCCCUCUACCCUACAGGAAAGGAGAAAGAUGUCAUCUACUCCGCCGAAGGUCAAUGGAUUGACAAGUGGGCCAUCAAGGAUGCUAAGAACAAGUCAACGUUCUCGUCACACGACCCGAGCGUCAACAAGACAACGCCGCUUUCUGUUGCACCAUUCGCCGAGCAAGACGACUUCGAGUCCCGCCGCGCAUGGAAGAAGGUGGCUGACGCCAUCAACAAGGGUGACAUGGACACGACCAGCGCUGAAAAAUCCAUCAUUGAGAACCGCCAGCGCGAGAUGCGUAAGGAAGAACAAGCAGGUGGACGGGAGUGGGAGCGCAAGUUCUUCACUCGCACAGACGAGUCGCCAGUCUUCGAGCAAUUAGCUGCCAAUGUUGGUGAAAAGACCAACGAGACCUUGACCAACGGUAUCUGGCUAUUUGACCAAGACAAGGCAAAUGCCGCGAAGUCGCCAUACCACCCUGAUGUCACUCCGCCAAUCUAUGUGCAGAAGUAAGAAUGAUUGGUGAUUUGAAGGUAAUCUUACAUGCUGUGAGCCAGCUCACUCUCAAAGGUGGAUGCGUUUUGAGGCCCUAAGUAAACUACCAGGUCAUCUGAAAGCGCUUUUUACGGUCGGGGAUAUGUGCAUGAGACAGAAUCGGACCAGCGACCGUUUGCCGAGUCUCAUAUUUGCGUGGUCACUCAUAGUCAGUGCUGUCUAGGCCUCUUUUCAUUCUCGAGCAUUCAUAGAUCCUAGCGUACAUAAUAUCUUGCACAUUCUGCAGUCACAAAGUACUUUUCGAAUAUGCGUCUUGCAUGUUCCUGUGAGGCAAGCCCUCCAAAACACUGACACGGCGCCUAGACGUCCUUCGAAGCUGUGCGCUUGUCGUUCCCUUGUGUUUGCCAGCACUUUCGGAAGAUUUCCAUCUGCGGUCAGGCGUCAAUUGGAGUGCUCUGUGGGAAACGGGAACA